UUGUGCUCUGGGAUUUCUGCUGCUCACUCAGUGAUAGAGGGACAGCUAUAGUGACCACUUGGACAUCUGGGCUUUCUCUGGGUGGAGAAGACUUGGAGUUCCUAUGACAGGGAGUCAAAGGACAGGAAGUCAACUUCUAUCAGAAUAAAAGAAGACAAGCACAGCUUCAGCAGCUAAGGACCAAUACCACUUUGCUGGAAGGACCCCAAAAGCCACGAGGUACAGCUUUAGAUCUGAGAAGAUGCACCUCCUUGGUACUUUCCAGUUUCUCAUGCUAGCAAUAAAACUGACUAUGGUCUCUGUUCAAGAGACAUGUGACUGUGAACCAAAAACAAACACAUGCAAUUUUGUGCCCUGUGGAUUGCCUGGGAGCAAUGGGUUACCAGGUCGAGAUGGGAACCAGGGUCCGAAAGGAGAUAAAGGGGACCAAGGACAGAGAGGAAUGCUAGGCCCUCCUGGAAAAGUUGGCCCCAUGGGGAUCAAAGGAGCAAUGGGUCCUCAGGGUCCCAAAGGAUCAAAAGGAGACAAAGGAGAAAUUCAAGAACUGAUUUCACUCAAGGCUGAAAUGAUGGCUUUGCAAAGAGAAACGAGGAUGCUGCAGGCUUUCAUCAACAAAUAUAGACGAGUUAUGAUAUUGUCUGGCAUCAGAAUUGUGGAUGACAAAUGGUUUAUGGUAGCAGCAUAUGAAAAGACAUUUGAAGAAGGAAAGAAAAUAUGUUCACUAAGUGGUGCCCCACUGGCAGCCCCCCGGAAUGCCAGGGAGAACAGAGCCCUGCAAGAACUGGCCAGACAGUUUGACAAGAACAUCUACCUGGGCAUGAGUGAUGAGGCAACAGAAGGCACAUUCCAGUAUCAGAAUGGGCAAACUGUCAGCUAUACCAAUUGGGCAAGUAAAGAACCCAAUGGUGAAAGGAAAGAAAACUGUGUCGAAAUGUACACCAAUGGCCAAUGGAAUGAUAAAGACUGUGGACACAAAAUCUUAAUUGUUUGUGAAUUUUAGACUAUACCGUAAGUUUUUAAGAGGGAACUGGGUUCACUGGUGUUGCUGGCAUUCUCUUAAAAGAUUUCCUGGGCAGGAGCUCUGUCUACAUUUAUGAGAUAAAUAUGGAACUUGGCACUGGUCUUGAUCACUUAAAUAAUGUUGAUCACAAAUUUUCCUGACAUUAUAUCCUCAAGAGAGAGACUUACUUCAAAAGAAAGAUCUAACCAAUCUGGAAUACAAGCCCUGUAGAUAACGAAAUAGGACUUGGGAAGAUAUACACAAGAAACCAGUAGGGAAAAUCUGAUGAGUGGUACAAAGACAGGUUAUGGCCAAAGGGGGAAAGGCCAUUUCAAUUUGGACUCUAAACAUUGUAGGUGGCAGCUCAGAAAGUGGGAUAUCAUUUUAAAAAGAAAAUAUUUCAACAUUGCAUGUUAUGGAAUGAUAUUGGAAAUAUCAUGGAUCAAAAGCAAUUGUAGAAUGACCAAGUUUGAAAGAUGGGUAGAACUACAGUCCACCCAAAGCAAAAAUCCCCUCUAUAACAGAUACUCAUCCCACUUUGUUAGAAAUGACAAAAACCACACUACUUUCUGAGGCAGCCUCUUUCCAUUGCUGGCCAAUUCUUCUUCAAAAGUUCCCCCUUAUAAUGAAUCCAAAUUACACACACACACACACACACACACACACACACACACACACACACAC